CGCUCUGUCGCCCCCUGCCGGCUGAACACCUGAACUGCAGGAACAUCCUGUGUUGUUUUUCUCCCUCAGGAUGGACGUGAACGUCCUCUGAGCCUCUCUGUGAAACUGUGGUGUCACCUGUAAAUCCUGGACUGCACGUCACACACACUUUGGCAACAGCUGUGUGUGUGUGUGUGUGUGUGUGUGUGUGUGUGUAUGUGUGUAUGUGUGUGGACACAGGCUGCGACUUCAGCGGUGAAUGUCGUCACCAACAGCUGGAUGCUACUCGGCUAGCAGGCUGUAGCAGAGCUGCCUCUGCAGGACUGCACGGAUGUCUCAGUGCAUGUGAUCAGUGAGGAUGAGGAGCCGCAGUAACUCAGGUGUGAGGCUGGAUGGAUAUGCCCGGCUGGUCCAAGAGACGAUCCUGCGCCACCAGAACCCGGUGACAGGACUCCUGCCGGCCAGCGCCCAGAAGAAGGAUGCCUGGGUGAGGGAUAACGUGUACAGCGUCCUGGCUGUGUGGGCGCUCGGCAUGGCCUACCGCAAGAACGCGGACCGCGACGAAGACAAGGCCAAGGCCUACGAGCUGGAGCAGAGUGUGGUGAAGCUGAUGCAGGGACUGCUGCAGUGCAUGAUGAGACAGGUAGCGAAGGUGGAGAAGUUCAAACACACCCAGAGUACGCAGGACUGUCUGCAUGCCAAAUACGAUACUCCCACCUGUGCCACGGUUGUCGGGGACGACCAGUGGGGUCAUCUGCAGGUGGACGCCACCUCGAUUUACCUGCUGAUGCUGGCACAGAUGACGGCCUCAGGUCUUCGGAUCAUCUCGAACCUGGACGAGGUCGCCUUCAUCCAGAACCUGGUCUUCUACAUCGAGGCUGCGUACAAAGUGGCGGAUUAUGGGAUGUGGGAGCGAGGUGACAAGACCAACCAGGGCAUCCCCGAGCUCAAUGGCAGCUCUGUCGGAAUCGCUAAGGCGGCUCUGGAGGCCAUAGACGAGCUGGAUCUCUUCGGUGCUCACGGAGGGCCGAAGUCAGUCAUCCACGUUUUGCCCGAUGAGGUGGAGCGCUGUCAGUCCAUCCUGUGCUCCAUACUGCCGCGAGCUUCAACCUCGAAGGAGAUAGACGCCGGCCUCCUGUCGGUCAUUUCCUUCCCUGCUUUCGCGGUUGAGGACGGAGACCUGGUGGCCAUCACCAAGUCGGAAAUCAUAAGCAAGCUGCAGGGUCGCUAUGGCUGCUGCCGCUUCAUCAGGGACGGAUAUAAAUGCCCUAAAGAGGAUCCGUCCCGGCUGCACUACGAUCCUGCAGAGCUCAAACUGUUUGAGAACAUCGAAUGCGAGUGGCCCGUGUUCUGGACUUAUCUCAUCCUGGACGGGAUAUUUGCUGGAGAUCAGGUGCAGGUGCAGGAGUACCGCGAGGCUCUGGAGGGGAUUUUGAUCCGAGGGAAGAACGGCAUCAAACUGUUGCCUGAACUUUAUGCCGUGCCACAUGACAAGGUGGAGGAGGAGUACAGCAGCCCUCACUCAGUGGACAGGGUGGCCAUGGGGCAGCUGCCUCACAUGUGGGGACAGUCGCUCUACAUCCUGAGCUGUCUCCUGGCCGAGGGUUUCUUAGCUCCAGGAGAGAUCGAUCCUCUCAACAGGAGAUUCUCUACAAACUUCAAGCCGGAUGUUGUGGUGCAAGUUUGUGUUCUCGCAGAGUCGGAGGAGAUCCAGGAGUUGUUGAGCGAUCACGGGAUCUCGGUCCAGACGAUGUCGGAGGUUCUGCCCAUCAGGGUGAUGCCUGCUCGCAUCCUGAGCCACGUCUAUGUCAGACUGGGAAACUGCAAGAAGCUGAAUCUGAGCGGGCGACCCUACAGACACAUCGGUGUUCUGGGAACAUCCAAAUUCUACGAGAUCAGAAAUCGCUCGUAUAUCUUCACCCCGCAGUUUCUGGAUCAGCACCACUUCUAUCUGGCACUGGACAACCAGAUGAUCGUGGAGAUGUUGCGGACAGAGCUGGCGUAUCUCUCCUCCUGCUGGAGGAUGACAGGACGGCCCACGCUCACUUUCCCCAUCACCCGCAGCAUGCUGGUUGAAGAUGGAGAUGCGGUCGACUCGUGUAUCCUGGCAACCCUCAGGAAACUACAGGAUGGUUAUUUUGCGGGAGCGAGGGUUCAGAUGUCGGACCUCUCCGGUGUCCAGAGCACGUCGUUCCACACUCGCCUCAGCUUCCUGGAUGAAAAGAACGACGACGACCUGCUGGAGGACGAUGACGAUGACGAUAAUGAUGAAUAUGGAGAGGAAUAUAACAAGUGUAUGCCCUCAGAGGGCUCCAAAGACAUGUUUGACCGGUACCUCACCCAGCUCCUCCACAGCACCACCACCAAGUGCCAUCUUCCUCCCAUCCAGAGCGGGCAGCACCACGUCUUCAGUGCUGAACACACCACCAGAGACAUCCUGUCUUUCAUGGCCCAGGUCCAGGGCCUGAACAUGCCCAAGUCUUCAAUGUAUCUACCUGUGACUCCUGUUAAGAGCAAACACCGCAGGUCUCUGAACCUCCUCGACGUUCCCCAGCCUCAGCACAGCCCACAGGUGAAGCAGCAGAAGAUCACUGAAAUCCCUCUGAAGCCCCACAGUGCUGCUGAUCUGCACCUUCCUCGAGACUCUCAUGGCAACACGGACUUUGCAGCGUUGGUGAGGCAGCUGAGAGAGUGUCCGACGCUGCAGGACCAGGCCGACAUCCUCUACAUCCUCUACGUAAUGAAAGGAGCUGAUUGGCCGGUGGAGUUGUCAGGUCCCGGGCAGGGCGGGGUCAGCGUGCGCUCCCUUCUGGAGGAGCUGUAUGUACAAGCGGGCGCCAGCAAAGAGUGGGGACUCAUCAGAUACAUCUCUGGAAUACUUCGCAAGAGGGUGGAGGUCCUCGCUGAGGCCUGCACGGAUCUGAUUUCCCAUCACAAGCAGCUGACGGUCGGCCUCCCUCCUGAACCCAGGGAAAGAGUCAUCACAGUUCCUCUUCCUCCUGAGGAGCUGAACACUCUCAUCUAUGAAGCCAGCGGUCAGGACAUCAGUAUCGCUGUGCUCACUCAGGAAAUAAUGGUCUAUCUAGCCAUGUACGUGCGCUCCCAGCCGGCUCUGUUCGGGGACAUGCUCCGGCUCAGGAUCGGACUCAUCAUGCAGGUGAUGGCCACCGAGCUGGCUCGCAGCCUCCACUGCUCCGGAGAGGAGGCGUCUGAGAGUUUGAUGAGCCUGAGUCCGUUCGGCAUGAAGAGCCUGCUGCAUCACAUCCUCAGUGGCAAAGAGUUUGGUGUGGAGAGGAGCAUGCGCCCAAUCCAGUCGACAGCCACCAGUCCCGCCAUCUCCAUCCAUGAAAUAGGCCACACGGGAGCCACCAAGACCGAACGCACAGGAAUUCACAAGCUGAAGAGUGAGAUCAAGCAGCUGGAUGACUCUCGGCCUCUCAGUAUCUUCAGCGGCGGUCUGUCCUUGAGUAGCAAUGUCACCUCUCCUCGCUCCACGCGUUGCAGCAGCCCCUCCACCCCCAGCGGCAUGCUGUCCCCCCUGGGCUCCGGUCUGGGAGACGGCCAGCUGCACUGGGAGGAGAGGCAGGGCCAGUGGCUGAGGAGACGCAGGCUGGAUGGAGCCAUCAACAGAGUGCCGGUGGGCUUCUACCAGAAGGUGUGGAAGAUCCUGCAGAAGUGUCACGGCCUCUCCAUCGACGGAUACGUGUUGCCGUCUUCGACCACGAGAGAGAUGACAGCAAGAGAGAUCAAGUUUGCGGUGCAGGUGGAGUCCGUCCUGAACCACGUCCCUCAGCCGGAGUACCGGCAGCUGCUAGUGGAGACCAUGAUGGUUCUGGGUCUGGUAGCUGAUGUGGACGUGGACAGCAUCGGUGGCAUUAUUCACGUGGACCGCAUCCUGCAUCUGGCCAACGACCUCUUCCUCAGUGACCAGAAAUCCCUCAGUGCCAGUGAUUAUUUCCUCGAGAAGGACCCGGCGACCGGAAUCUGCAACUUUUUCUACGAUAGCGCCCCCAGUGGCAGCUACGGCACCAUGACCUACCUGUCCAAGGCGACGGUCACGUAUGUCCAGGACUUCCUGCCAAGUUCCAGCUGCAUGAUGCAGUGAAGAAAGCGGACCGAUGAGUGUCGCUGCUCCCGACAGAAGCACGUUUUUAUACCAGAAGGUGAAGGCGGCCGCGCUUCUCCUCGUCAGCUCAUACGGUUCAUGUGGUGCUUGUAAGUAUUUACUCUCCAAUACGCUCUCAUAUACUGAUGUAACAUCACAGCCUCGGCAGCUCGUUGCAAACCACUGCAUAAGAAUUUAUUUUUUCAUUAUGAGUCUGGACUGUGAACUUAUUUAUUCAACAUGCUGAAAUGCAUGUCUGCAGGUCUACAGGUCUAAAUAUACAUUUUCAUUUGCAAAGAUAUAAGAACGUCUGUGUUCUCGGUGUCGUGUGAGAAUAUCAACAGUUGCCUGUCUUGUAUUUUUAACAUGUCGUGUGUUGUAGUUCUACCGAGCCUGGCAGCUAUCAGAGGGAAUAUUUUGCUGAUUGUUUUGUCACGAAUCGAUAAAUUUCAUCUGUUAAACAUUUAAAAUGUUUUGUCGAACCAGCAGUCCAAAAACCAAAGAAUCUGCGGUCAAAAUCACUGACGUAACAAAGUGCAUACUGUUCUUUGUGUCAUUGCCGUGACAGUUAUUCUGCUGUCUGCUUCUUUAUAUUUGUGCGACGGAUGUGAUGCCUCUUCUUGCUUGGCAGAGGAUUGUGGGUCAGAACAACCAGGAAAGCACGCUGGCUUGCACACUGUAAACUACGACUAGAUGUAGUAGGAAGAUCCUGGUGCUGUUGGCCGACUGUAGUUCACAGAACUUGUAUUUGGAGACAUAUUUCUGGCAUGUGCAGGGUCGCUGUCAUAAAUGACAAAGAAAAGCAGCAAAUCCUCAAAAUAAGAAGCUGGAACCGGACAAUACUUGACAUUUUUGCUUGAAAAAUGAGUAAAACAAUUAAUCCAUCAUCAAGAAUAUCCUGUCUUUGUUGCAAUACGUUUAGAGCUGCAACAAUUAGUUUUACUGUUGUGGAUGAUGCACAAACUGAAGCACGUCCAGUUGUCUACGAUACAGCACCUCGAUCUGCCACGACCUGGAUGACGGAGAAUUUGUGCAUAUGAUUUGACAGAGAUGUUUCCUCUGGUAGCUUCCAGGCUCUUAAUAAUAGAGUCAGUGUUGAUGAAACUUGCCUGUGUUAACUUGGACUUUGAACGAGAAUAAUAGUUUUCUUGAUGUUUGUACGUCUGUGUUGUGUGUGUGUGUGUGUGUGUGUGUAAAUUAAUUUAUCCGUCUGCAUAUGAAUGUCCCUAAUGAUGAAUCAACAUUUAGCAUGAACCUCAACAUGUGGAGGGUUUGUUCGUUUACGUGAAGAGAAGAUUUAUUUCUGGUGUGUUUGGUUCUGUUCUACGUACGUGUUUUAUAAGGAUACAUCACGCAUGAUGUUUAUGUAAAGACAGACCAGGCUGAGUAUGUUGAACAUGGUUUUUGUAAGUCUGAAAAGAGAGUAAUGUUGAUGUUGUUUAAAUGUUGAUAUAUUUUAAAACUAACCCUAAAGAUAUUUGCAUUUAAUAUAUUUUAAAAAAUAGAGAAAGAUUAUUUUACUGACAUAAUAUAUCAUGUUAGGUCACCUUUCAAAAUGUGUUCAUACACUAUAAUAAAAUCAUUUGACUAACGAU